CUUUUGGAAACCUGUCAUUGAUCGUAUUGUGGGUCGCCUGUCGUCAUGGAACAAUAAAUUUCUAUCUCUUGGUGGCCUUCUGGUUCUUCUAAAAUCUAUCUUGUCGUCUCUUCCGGUUUACUUUCUAUCUUUUUCAUAUAUAUUAUAUUAUUAUAAUAAUUAAAAUCAUUUGGAAUUAUGCUGAACUUAGGUUAUAAAUAUAGAGAUGUAUAACCUUACUCUUGCACUCAUCCCACUCAAACAUAAUCAAAGUAUACAAAGUUUCUCUUCCUCACAACACAUAGAAAUUUAGAGAGGAUUAAGAUAAGAUGGGUGAGUUAACAUUUUGUUAGAAAGUUAAUGCGUGCUGCAAAUUCUAUAAAUCAUACUUCCUUAUGUUCGGAAUCCAACUUGGUUCUGCUAGCAUGUUUGUUAUUACAAUGGCUGCCUUUUUCCUUGAAAGAUUGGAAGGUAUGAAAAUUAAGGAGAUAGCAUGUCAAGGCAAAGUGAUUGGGACAAUGGUGAGUCUUGGUGGUGCUCUACUAAUGGUACUAUACAAAGGUCCUGUUCUUCAAAAUGUUGGGUCAUCAACAGCUACUCAGAUGCACCAACCUGAAAAUGUGAACGAUCCCACUGGUGCACACUGGCUCCUUGGAGUCUCUGCCUUCUACAUUUUACAAGCCACAUCAUUGAGAAAGUAUCCAGCAAAUAUGUCAUUAGCCACAUGGGUUUGCUUUGUUGGUGCACUUCAAAGCUUUGUUGUAACUAUUUUAAUGGAGCGCAAACACCCUGAAGCUUGGUCUUUGGGCCUGAACUCUAGACUCUUUGCUCCAGUAUACGCGCAUUGUUGGAGGAAUGGUCGUGGUUACAGGACUAUAUCUAGUUGUUUGGGGAAAAUCAAAAGAGCAAAAAGCAAUGAUGUCAGAUGAGUCAGAAGGACAACAACAAUUACCAAUCAUUGUCCCCAAAAUUGAUGUCAAUGAUGAUAAUAAACCUCAAUCUGUCAUAAUUGAAGAUUGACGAUCAAGCACAGAGAAACAGUGAGCAUUAUGAAAUUAAGUGGUCUGAUAGGAAACUUAAAAUAAGGAGUGAUUAUGGAUUAUUAUUAGGGAUUGUUAGUUUUAGAAUAAAUUAAAAUGAUCUAAGUUCGGUGAGGCCUACGUUACCCUCUCUUGUUUAGAGGGUAAAUACUCUCUCAUGAUAUCAACCAAUCAAAAUGUAAUAUACAUAGGAAACAUUAAAUG